UCCAGUAUGUCCUACUCGCAAAAUAGUAUAGGGUCAGUGAAUGGGCUGGCAUUUUUGAACACUUCUCAAUCCCUCUCCUCAACUCCUGGCGCAACUCCUCCGCCCCCAAAAGGGUCGCAGAUGUCUUCCUUCGGCAUGUCAAAUGGCAUGUCAAGGAGCAGUUUCGGUGGCUAUGAUGGAGGAAAUGAUUAUGGUUCCACGGGCCAGUACCAGAACCAGAGUGAAACACCACAAAUCUACCGCGCGGUUUACUCCAAUGUGUCUGUUUACGAGAUGGAAGUCCGAGGAGUCGCAGUUAUGAAGCGUCGAUCCGAUUCCUGGUUGAAUGCAACUCAAAUCCUGAAGGUGGCUGGGGUUGUCAAAGCCCGAAGAACGAAGACCCUGGAGAAGGAAAUUGCGGCCGGCGAGCAUGAGAAGGUACAAGGGGGCUAUGGAAAAUACCAAGGAACGUGGGUCAACUACCAGAGAGGUGUCGAUCUGUGUCGAGAAUACCAUGUCGAGGAGAUUUUGCGACCCCUUCUGGAGUAUGACAUGGCCCCCGAUGGUACCGGAGGCGCUUCCCAAGGGACACUGGAUACACCCACCAAGGAACAGGCUAUGGCUGCGCAACGGAAACGACUCUACAGCGGCGCUGAGAAUCGCACCAUGUCUCAGCCCCAACAAGGGACCUUCUUCCAAAACAUCUCGCGCGCUGCGGCGACUGCCGUGAACGCCAUCAGCAAAGCUAGGUUUGACUCUCCGAGUGCCAACAGCCGCCGACCAAGCGUGCCUCGCAAGCCAUCACAGCAGAUGGGUAGCCAGGAGUCACAGAUGGCAUUCAGCAGCCAGAACAGCAUGUACAUGUCCGACAGCGGAUUCAGCAGCCUACAGAAUCGCUUCCAUCAGGAUGAUCAUGAUGAUUUUGCGGAACCCCCGCGCAAACGUGUUCGCUCCUCCUCGCAUCACGGUCCCCCAAUUGGCCUGCACCGCGAGCCGUCCAACCUCUCCAUGCACGAACCUACUCCUACCGAGCCCAAUGAUUCCUUUUAUCAGGACAUGGACUUGCCACCCCCGCCUAUGGAUGAUGGUCAGAAGCGCGGUCUGGAGCCCGUGCCUCCGGCCUCAGAGCCGGAAGGCUUCCAAAAGACCAAGCUGAUUAUGACUCUCUUCCUCGACAAGCGGACAAAAGACUUCACCAACCACCCCGCUCUGAUGCAGCUGACUGGCGAAGAUCUCGAGAUCCCGCUUGAUGAGUACCGAAACAAUGCUCUUCAUUGGGCUGCGAUGCUUGCACGUAUGCCGCUGGUCCAUGCACUCGUGGCCAAGGGAGCGAGCAUAUCACGAGUUAACCUUGCCGGUGAGACUGCCCUGCAGAAGGCAGUGGGAACCCGUAACAACCUCGACUACAGAAGCUUUCCCCGUUUGCUUCAGGUACUUGCACCAACUAUCGAUAUGGUUGAUUACAGUGGCCGGACUAUCUUGCACCACAUCGCUGUGAUGGCCGCAACAGGUGGUGGGGGGCAUGUCUCUGCCAAGCACUACCUGGAGGCACUCUUGGAGUUCAUUGUCCGACAUGGGGGCUUGUCAUCAGCUACCAACGGCGAUCUUGCGCAAAAUGGCUCCUCCGGUACCGAUUGCAUCUCUUUGGGGCGGUUCAUCUCGGAAAUUGUCAACCUCCGGGAUGACCAGGGCGAUACAGCGUUGAAUCUUGCAGGGCGGGCACGCUCGGUCCUUGUUCCACAGCUUCUGGAAGUUGGUGCUGACCCGCACAUUCCCAACCAUACCGGUCUUCGGCCUGCCGACUACGGAGUCGGUGUUGAUAUGGUUGACAACUCACAGUCGCAACAGAACGGAGGUCGCAACGAUACCUUUAUUGAUCAGCUGGCGAAGUCUAAGAAGGAGAUACUCGAUGCCGCUAUGUCUCAAAUCAGCACGAUGGUUGAAGAGGCACUGGGAGGUAUUGAUCGGGAGUUGGCCUCGAGCCUGACUCAAAAACAGGAGAAGUUCGAUCAUUGGCAUUCAAAGAUUCGCGAGUCUGCCAAGGCCCGCCAGAUCGAGCAGAAGCAGCUGGAUGCAUUGAAGCAGCAGGCUUCGGACCGAGUGGAAGUCGACCGACGCAUCAAGAAUCUGGAGCGAUCUUCCGAAAGCUUAAUGAGCACAUUGAAGGGCACCCAGGGUUUUGAUCCCUCCCGAAUCGCUGUCGUCGGUGAUGCGGACCAGGAUUCCGGCGUGGAUGUCAUCGCAUUCGAAAGCCUAUUCCCAGAUACCUUUGCACCCUCCUCCGGGUUCUCUCAACAACAGAUCGCAUUCCUGGCAGCAUUAUCUCCGCCGGAUGCGCUUCGGCAUCGGCUCCAAUGCUACCAAAAGUUCAACGCAGGCAUAACCGCCGAAGUUGACAGCCUCAAGGCAAAAAACGCCGUUCUGGGCCAGAAUUAUCGACGCAUGGUGAUGGCAUGCACGGGCUGGUCGGCGGAACAAGUGGACGAGGCAGCAGAAGGCUUGACACAGUGUGUCAAAGAGUUGAAUGAUAACCCAGUACCGGAAGACGAGGCCAUUGAGAUCCUGAUGCGGGAUCGUGGGCAGGACUGGUAA